AUCAAAUAUGCAAUUCGCUUGAUUGGCUGUUUCAAUCUUGAAAUAUACACAUAAUAAUUGUCGCAGCAAAUUACGUCAAAAAAGAUUGUUCAAAAAUAAAUUUUUUCAAAAACUUUUUGAUAAUUAUUACUGUUAACAAAGAAAUUUAAAAUUUUUUAAAAACGGAAGCAAAAAUGAAUAAACCAAAGCGUAAACUAAUGCAGAGAUAUGAAAUUCCUGUUAAUCACUUAGAAUUCAAUUACAUAAAAAAAUGCAAUAAUGCCCGUGAAAUGGAAAAAAUUUUACGAAUUUUAUAUUCAGGCGAGGAAGGAUACUACAAAGAAUUGACUCAAUGCGCUGAAGAGAGAUUAAAAAUUUUAAAUCCGAACAGUAAAUUAUUUCGUUAUGAAACUGCAAUUCUUAGAAAACAAUUUCUUGAUCAAGAAGAUUGGGAAAAAGAUGGUGAACCAGUUGUCGAAUGGUCAGAUGAAGUUAAAGUCAAAGAUAAUUUUUUAUCUGUUAUUGCUAAUGAGAAAAGUCCUCAACUUAAUAUACCAGAUAUAAGAGGCAAAAAUGAAAUGAUUAUCGAUAAUGAAAAAAGAAUCAAAUCGACAGAUUAUCGAGCAUGGGAUAAAUAUGAUGCAGAUACAGAAUGUUUGAAAAUGGAAUUGGACGAAGAAAGAAUACAAGAGGAAAAUGAAAGAAAUAAAUUAAAGGAAAAAAAAGAAAAAAUACAUGAAAUCAUAAAACCGAUAAGUGAAAAUGAUGAAGAAAUACUUGAGAAGUUGACAAAUGUGGAAAAAGAAGCACUUGCCAUUAAGCAUAAAGAUUGUGGAAAUGAUUAUUUUCGGAUCAAAGAAUAUCAAAAUGCAAUUAUUGAAUACACAAAAUGUAUUGAAAUUUAUCCAACAGCAGUGGCUUAUAAUAAUCGGGCAAUAAGUUACAUGAAAAUGUUUCUAUAUCGAAAAGCUUUAGAUGAUAUUGAAAAAUGCUUAGAAAUGGAUCCAAAAAAUAUUAAAGCACUAUUACGCAAAGCCCAAACAUUUAUAGCUAUGGAGCGAAACAAAGAUGCACAUGAAAUCUAUACAAAGAUUAUAUCAAUUGAACCAUCAAAUAUUGCUGCUCGUAAUGGUUUAAAUGAAAUAAAAAAUUUAAUUCCAUAUUCUCCACCACCCCAAGCAACACGAAUAUCAAUUGAAGAAGAUGAAGAAAGAAAAAAAAUUGAUGAUUCUCAGGUUGAAUUGAAUAAUAAAAUAGACAAGAAUUCAACAGUAAAUAAUCAAAAUGAUGAUGCUUCUGUUAUAGAAUCGAAGAAAAAUAUUUCUGAAUUCAUUACGGCUAUAACAAGUAAUGAAAAUAAGAGUAAUAAAAAUUUAACAGUCCAUGAACCGAUGGGCAUGGAAAAACUUGAAAAAAAUUCAAAUGAAAAAUCAGAAGAAAAUUUGGACGUACCCAUUAAAAAAACUCAAAUAUUUGAAAAUGUUGAAAUAUUAAAAUCAAAAUAUCAGAUCCAGAAUUUUAGUAAUAUCACCCAACAUGAAGAUGUUGUUAAUGAACAAAAUUUAAAUUUGCACAAAAGUAAAAAUAUCAAAAAUUGUCUAAAAGAGAAUGAAAAACCUAAACAAAAUGCUGAAGGAAUUUCACCAACAUCAGAAUGCAAAGAAAAAACUGCAUCUAAUCAAAAUAAUUCAAAAGAAACUGUAAAAAUACCUAAAACUCCUCCGUCAUGUGGUAAAAAUAAAAAAUUACAUAAGAAACCUAAACCUGUAAAACAAUGUGAUGAUGAAAAUUAUGUCCAAGAAGAUUUAUCAAAAUUAAUUAUACCGAAAAAAAUUAUUAAAAAUAAAUUUGCAAAAACUAUGGAAGCAUUCAAGAACAAUAAUAUUAGCUUACCAAUGAUACCAAAUAUGAAUGGAUCACGAAAUAAUACGGAAGGUAAUCAAAAAUCAUUGGGACGAUCAUCUCAAAAUUUUACUUCGGAACCUAAAAUUAACAUUAAAUUAUUGCCAGAUAAAUCAAAGAAUGAAGUUUUCAUUAGAGAAAUUAAAUGAAUUGCGAUAGACUGAAGGGGAUUAAAUAAAUGUCUGGUUCUACGACUUACAAACUUGAAAGUUUACUUUAUUUUCAAAUGAA